AUGUUGGGACCAUUUCAAAUUCGGGAUCUUCAUGCGCCUUCGACUUCAGAAUCUGAAGUGCAGAUCGUCCCUGAUGAUGGGCGAAAUUUGCAUGGUGUAGUAGAAGUGUCUGCGACGGACUAUGACCAAAUUGCCGCUAGUCAUCCACGAGCAAGACUCACCUAUUUUGAUGCCGAUGACGGUGAUCAAAUCACGGUCGGAUCCUCAUUGGAGCUCUCCCAACGGCUGGAUGAGCCUCCAGAGGAGAACACUCCGGACAACCUCGGUGCCGAGCCCACUUCAAUGCACAUUUUUGAUAUUCAUCGAUCCAACUCGAUUACUGAGAUUUGGAGAAAAUUCGAGAAACCUGGCAGUAACUUUCUGUCAAAACACGAAGCCGGAGAUUCAUCUGCUGAGCAAAGCAAUGAGGAAGACAACCACGAGUCUAGCAAGGAUUCACAGUCAUCGCACCGCACGACUGUAAACGAUACGCAAAUCGAAGAUCAGCCUUUCAUGGCAGCAUUCGAGGCCGAGUUGGCAAAUCUUCUCAGCUCGGCAGAAAACACCGGGCCAAGAGACGCGAAUGCAGAGACGUCCUCUACGGCGAAUUCUUCGACGCCCGAUCCACGGAGGCCACAGCAUCCACUUGAAGUCAUUGCCACGACCUUCCUCUACCAUCUUGUUCAUGGGGCGAAUUCUGUACAGUCCGAGCUGAGAAGUAGACUGCCCGAGUUGCGGGAACAGCUCCGGACUGCCCAGAGAACAGUCCCGGAGAAUGUGCGAUCAUCACUACAGCAUCUCCUCGCCUCCAUUGAAGUACACAUGCGUACUGCGUACCAACACAUACCCGAAAACGGACGGCAUUUCGCAGAGGAUGCCUUCCAAGCUGGGCGUCCUGUUGCUGAAAGCGCCGCCGACGGCCUGAGAACAAUCGCGUUUGAACUCAAUGAGGCCAGCAAAGCCCUGUACGCGGCUUUUGAGACCGAGUUGAAUCAGUUCAGCACCAAUGGCCUGAACUCGUGGUUUGAAAGAGCACAGGGAGCUUCUUCUGCAUUUUCUACUACAUCUAUGGGGCGCGCAGCAUCACCAUCCGCGCCUCAGGCCAUGGGAGUUGACAUUCCUACAUGCGAUGUUCAAGGCGCGAGACCCAACGUGCCAGUGCCAUCCUAUUCUCGGGUGUCUGUUUCUCGGGACUCUAAAGCACAGGGUGAUACCCUUUGGUGUGGCUUCUCUAAUCUAGAAAAUGACACCGCAUGGAGUAGCAACACCUUUCCCUAUUCAGACUCGAAUCCUCCUAAAUUUUCUCAACGAACUCCUGCGGCACCAUCGACGCCAUGGCCCGUUUAUGCUUCUCAUCAGCAACACUCGAAUGUCCCUCUUUGGGCGCCAUGGGUAGUUUCCCAACCUGCUCAGAAUACUCACCAUCCUCUGCAUUCUGUUGCUCAAGGCCAUGAUUCUCAACCGCCCACCACAAUCUCAUCUCCAAGCCAUGCACCAAGACCCUCCGUUCGGCAGUCGUCAAGCAGACCUGCAACUUCCUCGGUCCGUCAUGAUCACAACAAGGAGCCCACCGAGAUUUCCGAAAAGAAAGUCCUGUUUGUCGGUAAUGUUGGGUUUCAAGUGACUGAAAAAAUGAUUCGGGAAGUUUUCUCAUCGAAAGGGUUCGUUGUGACAGUACGCCUUCCUCGGGACUCGGAUACUGGCAAUCAUGCAGGCUUUGGCUUCAUCGAAUUCCCUUCUAUCCAUCCCGCCAUGGCGGCCAUGGAUGUAUUGCAAGGAGUUCAUAUUGAUGGCCACGCCAUCAACCUUGAGUUCAGUGAUGAUUCCAUCGUUGAUCCCAACGAGUCGUCUGAAUAUGUCCCAAGCCAGCGAGCAACUCUCUUCGAAACCUUCUCCAAUAAGGAGUGCCGAAAGCCUCCACAGCCUGCGGAGUCGUCGAGUGCACAACCCGCUUCUCCUCGUGAGAGUCGUCAGAAAUCGAUUCCUAUCGAAGAGCCCGACUGGAGCUCUUUAUACGACCAUAGUCAAGACGGUGGCUCAAAAGAGGUCUCAUCUCCGAGAACAGCGUCCCAUCUUGUUGAUUCGAUCGGCACUAGAUCACAACCCGCUGAACUGCACUCCCGUUUGCCAAAUCUGAGCCAUUUCCCUCCUGUCUUCCAAACGGAGGCUCAACAGGUCUCGAGCCAGCAAAGUACGGUGACCGAAAAUCCGUGGCAAAUGCACGAGACUCGGGACAUGUCUUCGCUGUCUCUUGGUACCAACACAGAAGCAUUGCACCUAUCGCAGGAAUGUCUCACGAGCCCUCAAGUCGAGCUGGCCUCAGGUGUGCAGCAUCCGAGCGCGCCCACCAGCGCGCCUCUCGGGGUGCCAGGUGUUCAUGGACUUGAUGCAGCCCCAAUGGAGAGGGGUUUCGACAUGAAUUCGGCGUGUGUGAAUUCUCAAAGUUCACGAAAUUCGUAUGGGUCGAGACCAUGGGCUCGCUUAGACAAGAGAGAGCGUCGGCGAUCCAGGGACGCCUCCUCGCUUGGCAUUCCAGGUAGCUUUCCUGCUGAAACGAACUCGUCAUCUGAGUUCACUUUGCCGAAAGCCUCAAGCACAGAUGUUCAGCAGAGCGAAAUGGACCAUUGCGUAUCGUCACUUAUUGACCUGGGCUAUGGGACUGUUGAGCAAGGAGGGCGGUCUCGACUUGCAAUUUAUGCAGCGGCCUCAAAUGGUGUCUUAUCCGAUGCUAUUGAUAUUAUCGAGGAGGAGACAAAGGCUUACGAUCGUCGCAGACAGAAUUGA